AUGCUGGACUACAAUCUCGUCAAUAAACAAUUUCGAUCAAGUGUUGAAGACGUACGAGUUCAUCGUACAGCAGCAGGCGCAAUUGGUACAGAUCAUCACCUGCUUCGAAUCAAGCUAAAAUUUCACCUAAAAAGCAGAAGAAAAACAAUCAAAAGUCAAAUACUACGUCUAGAUCCAAAGAAGCUCAAGAAUGAACAAUGCAAGUUGGCCUUUCAAGUACAACUACAUUGCCGCCCGCAACUGCAACAACAACAAACAUCUUCGUCAACAACAAUCGAUGACAAAUACAACGCUUUUGUCGAUUAUGUACAUCAAGCAAGUAAAACAACUUUCGAACUAGAUAGAACCAACAAAAAGCAGAAAGAUUGGUUAACUGAUGAAAUUCUGGAUGUUGUGGACAAAAAAUCAAAAGCAUUUCUUAAAUGGCAGAAUUCUCGUGGAACAUAUUUAGAAACAAGAUGCCGUAAUAGCUAUCGUCGACUUCGCAAUUUAACCAAGAAGAAAAUUGAUGCAAGGCAGCUUGAGUAUUGGGAUGAAAUCAGUUUGGAAAUUGAAAAUGCAAUCAAGCAGCAUGACCCAUCAACUGCAUACGCAAUGAUACGUCGUUUAAGAGGAGGUAAAGCAAAAACUGAAAAUCUACCAAUUUUAGAUAAACAUGGAGAACUUCUAACUAAUUCAAAACAAAGUUUAACUCGCUGGAAAGAGUAUUUCAAUGAUCUCCUGAAUGUACCAUCUCAUGUAGAUCCAAUAACAAUUCAACAAAUCCAUGCAGUUACAAUAACUACAACGGAACAACGACGACAAGAGCAAACACCAUCUCUGGAGGAAGUCCAACGCGCAAUAAAACAAAUGAAAAAUGGAAAAGCGCCUGGCAAUGACGGAAUCUCUGCUGAUCUUAUAAAAGCUGGUGGUCUACCAAUGGCAAAAUGGUUGCAUGAGAUUUUUGUGGACAUAUGGGAAAAUGAAACAAUAAUUGAAGAUUGGUCAACAGCAAUCCUGAUUCGUCUCUAUAAAAAUAAAGGCGAUAAGAAGGUAUGUGAUAACUAUCGUGGUAUAUCUCUCCUCGUGGUGACAAGCAAAAUCUUCUCCAGAAUUAUUCUUAAUCGUGUUCAAGACCUGCUCGAUAAACAACUACUGGAAGAACAAGCUGGCUUUAGAUCCAAUCGCUCGACAAUCGACCAAAUAUUCAUUCUCAAAAUGGUCAUGGAGAAGUCCUACAACAUCAACAAACCUCUGUCUAUGUGUUUCGUCGAUAUCAUGAAGGCCUAUGAUUCGGUAGAUCGUGAUCUCCUUUGGCAAAUUUGUCGGCACUAUGGCCUCACUGACAAAAUUGUGAGAAUGCUCAAACUACUAUACAAGGAUCCAAAAGCGCAGGUACGUGUCAACGGAGAGCUAUCUGAUCAUUUCAACAUCAACUCAGGAGUUCAACAAGGUGGUAUUCCUUCUUGCAUUCUCUUUAAUGUUUUAUUCGACUUCAUCAUUAGACAAGUCAUCGAGCAAGCCAAAAUUCUCGGUAUCAAAGGGAUCAAAUUAGCACAUGGCAGCAACGAUUUUUAUCAUCCAAACAACGAUCCAUAUGAUAAUUUAGAUAUUCUUCUUUUAAUAUAUGCUGACGAUCUAGUGGUAAUGUGCGAAAGCGGCACCGAUCUGGAAUUGUUUAUUCAAUGUUUUGAGCAAACCACCCAGAAACUUGGCUUGACAAUGAGCGUGAAAAAGACAUGUAUCAUGACGCUGAAACAAUUGGAACAAGAUCUAUUAACAAACAAGGUCACCAAAAACAAAGAAAUUCAAAAUGCUCAAUCGAAGAUAACCAUCCGAAAUGAAAUGAUUGAAAACGUAAACGACUUUCGAUAUCUCGGGUGUUAUUUUUCAAGAGAUCAAACACUUGACAAGGAACUUGAAACUCGACUAGCCAAGGCUUCAACGGCUUUCAAUAUGCUACGUCAUGUUAUAUGGUACAGAAAAAAUGUUUCUAUUCAAGCGAAACUAAGAAUUUUUCGUGCGUGUGUUCUUCCUGUGCUGCUUUACGGCAGCGAGGUGUGGUCAACAACAACAACUCAAGAACAACGUCUCAACACUUUCUAUUUCAAAUGUCUUAGGACCAUAAUCGGAGUAAAUCUAGGAGAUCGUAUGCCAAACGAACUACUUCUACAACUCACUGGACAACCACAUCUACGCGACAUUCUCAUCAGAAACCGGCUUCGUUGGUUUGGCCACGUAAACAGGAUGGAGGAUGAAAACAAGAAAUCGUCGAUGGUCAAGAAAGUUAUGUUCUCCUAUUUUCCUCAAUCAACUAAACCAAGAAAUAUGGGAACGCGGAAACGGUGGGAAGAUAAAAUCAUGGAAGAUCUUGAAAAAUUCAACAUACGUAAUUGGCGACGAGAAACAAUGGACAAAAACAAAUGGAGGGAAACAAUCAACAGAUUCGCUUACUCAAAAGAGCCUUCUCCAAACAUCACAGAAACAGUUAAAAAAUACAAGCAGAAAGCAGAUAAGCGACGAAAUAUAGGACCUCCUCCAAAGGUGACUGAAACUUUAACUAAGCAUGGAUACAGAAACACAGAUGGUACAUAUACAUGCCCAAACUCAAAGUGUACUCGAAGAACUUUCAAAGCACAAGGUAUUACAAAACAUGUGAAGGCCUGCGCAAAACAAUGGUGCACACAAAACAAAAUAGACAACUAAUAAUGGUAUGCAAACAAGAUGAAAAAGCUGAACUUCUUUACCAAGUAUUUCAUGAUGGAUAUAACCCAAACCACACUCACAAAGUAUGGAGGUCAUAUGCGGAAAACGGCACUUGGUUCUGGUGUUCUACGAUGGUCAAACAAGAAAUCACCCGAAUGAACAUUUUUCUUUUUCUUUUUCUUUCUCUUUUUCCCUUUUUCUUUUUGUGCGUUUCUUUUUAUGUAAUUUUUUUGAUCUUCACCCUAUACUAGCAUGGUAAGGGUAUAAUAAACUAAACUAUCUAUAUGGGAGACGUAUCUCCAUAGUAAUAUAUAUCAAUAAAAGAUUUUUGUAUAAUUGAGCACUUGAUUCUCAAUCUUUAACGCUAUAUUAAAAAAAAAAUCUAUACUUUCUCAAACAUCUUCUUCUUGAUACUGAUAUUUUAAGCAUCAAGUGAUACUAGCUGCGACUAUGAGAAAAUUAAAAAAAAUUUUCUUGAACUUCACGAUUAAAUAGAGAUAAGUUAAAUCAAGACUGAACGAGAACAUCUCUCAUCUUCUAGUCAAUCGCCCAUUUUUGUGUACUCAAAAAGUGAGUACACUACUAAAAUCUGUCUGUGUGUCCGUACGGCCGUCCGUCCGUCCGUAUACACGAUAACUUUCGAAAGGAGAGUCAGAUUGAGAUGAAAUUUUUUACAAAGUUCAGUCUUGACAAUAUCUCGGUCGAAUUCGAAGAUGAGAAGGAUCCGUCAAGAAAUGACUGAGUUAUCAAAAAACUUAUGAUUUUUGACCAGACGAUCCCAGAGGAGGGAUACGGGAAUUUUUCAAAAAAACGUUUUCGCUCAAAAGUAUUCACAAAAUACAUAAAUCGACUCAGUUUUCAACGGUGAUUCCGAAUCUGAUAUUAGUUUUGGACUACAUUAUAGUUUUUUUGCACUCAAAAAGUAAGUACACUAUAAAAUAGUUAGUGUGCCCGUCCGUCCGGUCGGCUGUUUACAUGAUAACUUUUGACAGCAGAGUCAGAUUAGGAUGAAACUUUCUACACAGCUUUGUCUUAACAAUAUCUCGGUCAAAUUCGAAGAUGAGAAGGAUCGGCCGAGCCCUUCUUGAGUUAUUGCAAAAUACCUCCUUGUCCCUAUGGCUUCCUAUGGGGAAAUCGACCCAUCGCUACUUUCGUAAAAGAAUUUUCCUAUCAUAGUCAAUUAAAACCCCAACUAUUAUAUACCAUUCGACAGACAAUUUCAAGAGCUACAAAAUCAUAUAUAAAACAUUAAGAAACAAGAAAGCUAAUUCAUCUGUUCGUAAGAUAAAUAAACGAAGAUCGGUUCGGUUUUAGUGCACGCUCCAAUCGAUUCCCAAUGGGAAGUCUAACUUUCUAUCGCAGAGGUAAUAAUCGAAGGUUUUCUAGUAUGGAGAACUGGAAUUAGUACUCCACUGCCCUCGAAGGCCCACUGGUUGAGCAUUGACUAAUAGAAAUCAAGUUAUAGGAAAAACGACUCAGGCUAAGUUAGAUCGUAAAGUAGAAAUCUGAGGUGUAUACGCUUAAAAUCCUACUGGAUGAGCAGUAGACAAUACAAUUGAAAGGUUUAUACAAAAGGUUUACCAGGCAAAUUUUUACAUUCAGACAUUCUAGGAUGGCCGGAUAUGGUCAUUCACUCUUUGAAGUACACAUCAUCUCGGAUAUAAAUCCGAGAUUUCCGCAUUUAUUUUUCUUACAAUUCUUUCAUGAUUGAAUAUUAGUUGAUGUUAGUUUUUGCCAGCAUCCUUUUACGAGUAGUCUAUUCCUAAUAUAUCACAGCAUAUUGACACAGUGCACUGGGUGUGGCUGUGGCUGUGGCUGUGGCUGCGGCUGAGGAUGUGGGUGUGUGCGGGUGUCAGUGUCGAUACGAAAAAGAGAUCCUCACAAAGACGCCUACACCCACAACCACACCCACGGCCACACACUCUCACCCUCACCCACAAACGCCCUCACCCACACACACCCACACCCACACCCACACCAACCCUCACCCUCCCGAUGAAUCUCCCAAGCGAAAAAAUAUGAUUGGCUGAUAGCCCACCCUCGAAAACCCCUGGUUGGCUCAUUGGCCCAAGCGAAAAACUAUGAUUGGUGGAUAGCCCACCCUCGAAAACCCCUGAUUGGCUGAUUGGUCCAAGCGAAAAAAUAUCAUUGGUGGAUACCCCACCCUCGAAAACCCCUGGUUGGCUGAUUGGCCCAAGCCAAAAAAUAUGAUUGGUCGAUAGCCCAUCCUCGAAAACCCCUGGUUGGCUGAUUGGCACAAGCCAAAAAAUAUGAUUGGUGGAUAGCCCACCCUCGAAAACCCCUGGUUGGCUGAUUGGCCCAAGCCAAAAAAUAUGAUUGGUCGAUAG